AUGGCUGGUUCAAAUAAUGAUCUUUCUGUUUUAGAAAGAUCUCCCUUGUUUGAUGACAUAGUUAAUGGUGUUGCUCCACCGUGUAACUUUGUUGUUCAAGGCCAUCAAUAUGAUAUGGGAUAUUAUUUAUCCGAUGAAAUUUACCCUCAGUAUGCAACUCUAAUCCAAACCAUCUCAAGUCCUAAUACCGCCAAAAAGAAGUUUUUUGCCAAACGCCAAGAAGCUGUACGUAAAGAUGUGGAGCGGGCAUUCGGGGUACUGCAAGCAAGGUGGCACAUUGUUAAGGGGCCGGAACGUAUGCGGAAUGUAAAAGAUAUAGGGAAGAUCAUGAAGACUUGUAUCAUUUUGCAUAAUAUGAUCAUUGAGCAUGAGCGUCAACAAGGAGUCGACCCUGAAAGUUGGAGGCCACUUCCGGAUGAAAAUGUUGAACCUGUUGUUCCACAGCAUGACUGCGCAUUUUUAGUUCGAGACAAGGAAGUGCACAACGAGCUUAAGAUUGAUCUCAUUAACCAAUUAUGGGAUCAAUUUGGAGAUUCAGAAAAUUAG